AUGUCUUCGUCGCGUUACACGCAGCAGCCGCUGCAAAUAUAUCAAGAUCCCGUCACAUCCUAUGACAGCGCGCCCAUGCCGUCGACGAAAAAUUCUUCAAAAAAGACGUCGCCCUUGAGAACGAUCAAGAACGGCUCGAAGCGGAACGUCAUCUUUAACCCACCUCAGAAUGGACCUAGCAAACACUCACCGCUCAAAUCGCAUAGCCAAAUGUCGAGUUCGCCCUCAAGAGCUCCAUUCGGCAAUAAAUUAAACAUGGUCCCGAUGCCACCACCUGCGGGAUCACGACACAACACCGACUCGAUUGCGAAAAAACCAACCUUUCAAACCAAGUACAAAGGCGCCCCGCAAAAAGCACUAUUUACCACAUUCAUGAAUACUCAACCUCAAGGAAAAGAAAAUUAUCCACAUCCUAUGUAUACAGCAAAGUCACAAUCUCAUUUUCGCGACGAUUUCUCGAGUAGCAACUUCUCCUUGGAAGGACUGUAUGGUCAAAAACCAUCACUAAAGCGUUCGUUGAUGGAAGCUGCACCCAUUCAGGAAGCCAAGGUUCAGGGCAAAUCGAAAGCAGAGGAAGGAAAUGACGCAUCAGGACCUCGAGAACUUCCGGAACCAGAUUCAUUUCCAGCUAUUCACGAUGACGGCUUCAAACCUUCGCAUAGUUAUGCUCAGUUGAUUGGCAUGUCGAUUUUGAGAGCCCCGAAGCGACGCCUGACUCUAGCGCAAAUUUAUAAGUGGAUAUCCGAUAACUACACCUUCUAUAAUGCAGCAGACGCUGGUUGGCAAAAUAGCAUUCGUCACAAUCUUAGUCUCAACAAGGCUUUCGUAAAACAGGAGCGGCCAAAGGAUGAUCCAGGGAAGGGCAAUUAUUGGGCAAUUCAAUCAGGAAUGGAAUAUCAGUUUAUCAAGGAGAAGACUACACGAAAACCUGCAGGUCCAAACGAGAAUCUUCCGGUAUUGAAUACAGCACUCACGCCUGUCGAUCCACCAGAGCUUACGCCCCCCACGCCAAUGUUUAAGGAUUUACCGUCGUCUAGUCAAGAUGUAUCAUUGCCAAAGUCAACGUAUAAACUACCAGAAAAAGAACUUCCUUCUAUCCCCGAGCUAUCUUCAGACGCUACCAUUCCUGCAUCGGAAUUUAAUCAAGGUGCGGAAGAGGAGGACGACGAUGACGACGAUGCUCCUCCAUCCUCUCCACACAUUCAAUCCUCUCCACCAACACGAAUGAUGCAUUCUUCCCCUCCUGUAGCUCGCCAUGCACCUAGACGAAAUCACACGCCACCUCCUGUUCCACGUUUUCCAUCUUCAUCACAGACUAGAUCACACAAACGAAAGUUUGCGUCCAUGGAUGAUAGUGGGUACUUUUCAUCACUUGAAUCUUCAGCGAUGAGACCAAAUGGCGUCAGUCGAUUGCUAACAUCUGAAGCUGAUCGGCCGAGGAUUAAGCGCGGCCGAGCUGAGGAGGAAAUCGCUCGUCUUCGUGGUUCUUCGUACGAUAGCCCUAGCAAAGGCAGGUCAUUAAGUGGAUUCGUUCCACCAUCCUCCUCUCCAUUGCGUCGAGCUCACCCACAUGACAACUAUCAAAUGUUGCCUCCUCUGACUCCUGCUGUCAAGUUGAAGGCUCCUGUGAAACCACCGCCAUCGAUAUCUCCAAACACAAACCUCCGUAUGCAUCGUGACAAAGUUAGGGAACUCGUUGGCUCUCCAAUCCGUGGUCUAACUGUUCUCGAGGAUAGUGCAUGGAGUCCGGCUUUCAAUCUUGACCAUAACUCCUACAUGUUUGCCGAUUACGUUCCGGACUUUGAUAUCUUUCAAGAUUCCACAGCAUCCUUCGCUGGAUCAAGUAAUGGAUCACCAGGAAAGCGUUCAGUUAGGAGACCUCGCAUGGAUCGAUCGAGAUCUGCAAAUAUUUUGUCCGAUGUGACUAAUUCUAACUUGAACAAGAGUGUCACCUCCACACCGGUUCUCAAACUUACACCUGCGUUGGGUGGACCUUCAACGUUUCUCUCCCCAACCAAGGGAGCUUUAAAUUUUAUGGACUCUCCAUGCAAGCCAAAUAAUAAUUCGCCUCUAAAAUUCGAUUCACCAACCUUGAAUCUCUGUAAUUUUGAUCUUCCUCAUGAAGAUUUCUUCAACUCUGAGUUUCUUACUGAAGAUCUAUCGGAUUAUGCUGGAUUCGAUAUUACACAACGCUUUCCAAAGAUUGGUUCAGGAACUCAACAGCAACAAUCUAGGACUACAUCCAAGAACCAACCACCCCGACCUUCGAUGGGUCGAAGUUCUACCACACGCUUUUAG